GUGCAGCAGUAGGUGCAAUCAUGUCCAGACAUAAAGUCCUCUAGCCUCGGCUUUUCUGCUUGCUGAUUCGGCAGAGCAGAACCAUAUUGGGAUUGGGAGAUCCCCCACACACCACCCAGCAUCAUGCCAUUCCAAGCCCCACAGUGGACAGAGGUCCUCUCUUGCCCGGUGUGCUGCAAGGACUUCAGCCCUAGCGGACGUCAGCCUGUCAGUCUCUCUUGCGGUCACACAGCUUGCAGGAUGUGCCUGAGUAAGCUUCAUCGUCAGCAGUGCCCGUUCGACCAGACUGCAAUUUCAAAAGAUGUUGACAAGCUCCCGACUAAUUAUGCCAUCCUCCAGCUGAUUGCAGGAGAGGAUGUGAUGAGAGACCCAUCGAGGCAACGCAUUCCUGAUGGCUUGAAACCCUCUGAGUUUGAGAACUACCUUGCCACACAGGGUGUCAUAGAAGAACUAGCUCUUUACCUGAAGGUUCUCAGCAAAGCACCACCCAGUAACCUGAAUGGAACUCAGAAUGGCACCACGCCCCUCCUCAGCCGUCCCAUCCAGCGUAAACUAGUCACGUUGGUCAACUGCCAGCUGAUUGAGGAAGAAGGCAGGGCGCGCGUUGUCAGGGCGGCCAGAUCUCUGGGGGAGAGGAUAGUCACAGAGCUUAUCAUCCAGCAUCAGAACCCACAGCAACUCUCCACCAACCUGUGGGCUGCUGUGCGUGCCAGAGGCUGUCAGUUUCUUGGACCUGCCAUGCAGGAAGAAACGUUAAAGCUUGUUUUACUGGCUCUUGAGGAUGGGACACCUCUCUCUCGCAAGGUCCUGGUCAUGUUCGUGGUUCAGAAACUUGAGAUGCAGUUUCCUCAGGCCUCCAAGACCAGCGUAGGUCAUGUGGUUCAACUCCUCUAUCGAGCGUCCUGUUUUAAGGUGACCAAGAGGGAAGAGGAAUCCUCUCUAAUGCAACUGAAAGAAGAGUUUCGCAACUAUGAUUCCCUGAGACGUGAACAUGAUACUCAGAUUGUUCAGAUAGCCAUUGAGGCUGGGUUGAGGAUAUCACCUGAGCAAUGGUCAUCUCUUCUCUAUGGCGAUCUCAAUCAUAAAUCCCACAUGCAGUCCAUCAUUGACAAGCUCCAGACUCCAGCCUCCUUCACCUCCAGCAUCCAGGAGCUAACCAUAUGUCUCCAGCGCUCCGGUGAUCCAGUCCGCUUGGCCCAGCUCCGUGCCCAGCUUGAAAAAUUGGCAGCCAUUGACCCAAGUCCAGGUGCAAUGAUUUCCUCCUGGGAAGGCAUAAUGUCUGCAGUUGAUGCAGUCAGGAAAGUCCUCAACGGUUUGAUGGAGUUCCUUCAGAACUACCCCCAGAACAAGAAGACUCUGGACCUUCAGACACAGAACAUCAAGUACAAGACCAGUCUCUGUCGGGAUGUCAUGCAGAAGGGAGGCUGCCCUCGUGGUCCAAGCUGCACUUUUGCACACUCGGAGGAAGAGCUAGAGAAGUACCGUUCAAAAAGCCGUCAACUGCUGUCAUCCCUGAACAAAAAUUCAGGUUUUUCCCGGGGAGACAGCUCCUUGGGCAGCUCCUUUAACGAGAGUAAGAACGAGAUGACCAACAUAUCUAUGCCCGGUACCUCGAUGAGCAAUUCAGUGGAUCAAUCCAAGUACAGUGUUGAUGAUGAUCGCUCCACUCCGAGGCUCGGCAGCGAGUCUCGCUACGGCAGUGUGUCUCAACUGCUUUCCGACCAGGAAAGAACGCCCUCUGUCGUUGGAUAUAAGUCUGAAUCAGGUCUGACCCACAGGCCUCCUACCAGUUCAUUCAAUUUAAUCAGUUCCACUGAGAAACAUGAUGAAGACCGUCUAGAUGAUGAUAUACAAGCGUCUUUGUAUGGUCUCAAAGCUCGUAACAAGCAGCAGGCAUCGACGAAGGAAGCUGGUAACCCCGCUUUAGAGCUCCCAUCACGCCGCCUUUACCCUGGUGUCCUGCCAAGCAGCAAUGCCAAGAUGUACCUAGCCAGUAGGAGCAUGAGCAUGAAUUCCACUGAGUCUUCUGUGGAGGUGGAGCCAGAGAGGGCAUCCAGUGUGGGUGGUGGACAGAUGGUUCACCAUGAAGCCAAGAGGAGAUUACCAGAUCCAGAGAUUGACAGAUAUUCUCUACCACCUGAGGAUGGGUACUUCUAUGAGAGGCGAAUGCCCUCUAAAGAGGCUCCUAGUGGCUAUAAUGGUCAUGCUCCUCCAUCCCAUCCCCGUGUCCUGGUGCCCACCAUGCCCCGACCACCACCGCCACCAUCCCAAAACGAUCCAUAUGAACGCCAGCCAGACAAGCACCCUUACCCUUAUCAUCGCACCAACGGUGGUGGAUAUCUAUACCCUGAAUCGCAGGUGAUACCACAGACACCACCAGCAGAGCCAAGGCAGUAUCGUAGACAAGUGGUGCAGCGCUACUUUGAUCCUCACACCAUGAAGGCCUAUGAUGUGGUGCCUGUAGAAGACUAUGUUGAGCCCUCGGCUCCGCCAGCGUCGCUGUUGCCAAGCCAGAGGUACAAGCUACAACCCAUGUAUCAUGGAGAUCCUGAUUACUACCCAUCAUAUGAGCCAAGAGGACACCGGGUGACAGACCUGAGACAGCCACUACCAGUUGGUACCCAGCAGAGGAACCCUGGUCAUCAUAUCCCUGAUGAUGCCCCCAAGAGACCAGAGAAUAAGAGGUCUAAGUUACCAAGUCACAAGGCAGUAGUCUCACCACCCCAACCAAAACCACCUAUUAGAGUUGAGAGAGGACCCAGCCUGACUGAGUUGAAGGAGCGCCAGUCCUACCUAGUGACCAUGCUUGAUGAAUUCCAGGAUGAUAGUGAUACAAAGGAUGAAGAAGCUAUUAUCUCCUGGAGCAAACCCUCAACCUCUAACAACCUUACCACCAGCACAUGGCCCAACACGAACAAUGCCCCUCCUGGGUGGACAUCACCCAGCGAUACCCUUUGGGGAACGUCCACUUCAUCAAAGGGAGCAGUAUCAUCAACAGGCCUGAGCUUCAGCUUCACUGGAAUUGAGGAUGAUGACGAUGAUGAUAUCGACCACCGAAAAAAUGGUAUUGACGUUGAUACGGAAGAGGAGAUAGAGACUUCCAAGUUUGAUGAUGAUGAUGACAAUGCAGAUCAGGAUGACAGGUGUGAGAGUGAAGUUGGAAGCUAUAAUCCCUGGACGAGCACGUCUUUGUUUCUGCCAAACACUGGAAAGGCUGUAAAAGAGACGGCAACCAAUUACACCAUGACUUACAGCAAGGUGUUGGUACGGCACGUCUCGACGAAUGAAGACGAACAAUUGCAGAAGGCACCUCAUGGCUCGCACAACAUGGGGGACUUUGAGAGGAUGUCUAUGCAUGAACUGAAGAGAACCUUGAAGGAGGUUGAGCAGCAGGAUCAGAGGGCUGGCAGCAGUCACUUUGAGCGUGGUCACAAGAUUCAGAUCGAGAUGGGUCGUAGAGAGGAGGAAACCCCCGUCUCUUUACCCCACUUCUCAAGCAGCUCUGCCCCUUUGCCAGCCCAGCUUGUUAGUAAAGAGCCCAUCCUGCACAUGUACACCAAGUAUCCCCAUGCAGGGGCUCUUGCGUCUUCAUAUGGACCAGUGUCUGGUUCAUCCAGGGCUCUAGGAAGCAACACGGGACCUCUGAAGGUGAGUGCUGGCAUGGUGGAGAAUACAAUGCCUGUCAACAUGACUGUUCAGGAUUGCCAAGUGGCUCCAGGGUUCCAGACCCCUGAGGGAGAUGGCUACUACAUCAAGACACCGCAAGGACCUGCAAAGAAACUUGAUGAUUCAAUUCUUAAAGAUGAUUGGGUGACGAAUGUUGAGAAGCUUGUCGAGAGUGAUCCACAAGCUGAAGAGAAACUCAAACAAGCAUUGAGUCAGGUUAAUACCAGGAUACAAGCCAAGGAAACAGCAAAGCAUGCCCACAACACGUUUAUAUUAGACUUUGAAGAGAAGAUAUUGGAGAACAUGAAUUCUGACAAAGACCAUCGGCCUGGAGGCAAUGUCACCCACAAGGCGGAAUCCCAGACCAUUCCAACCCACUCUGAAAGCAGGGCUGUUCAGAUGCAGGAGUCAAUGCUAUCCCGUUUCGCCCAUCCACCCAACCAUCCCCCCAGGGAUCGAUGGGUACAACAGGGGGGUAGCCCAGACCACGCCUCUGGUUACCAGUACGUGGACCAGCACCCAAUGGAUGCGUACCCCAGCUCUAGGCCCCAGUACCCUCAUCUUGUACCUGCUGGGAGCAGACAGGUUAGAUAUGGCCCUCCAGUACCUACAGCAGCUUGCCAUGGACCGAUAGAUAGGCCAGGGAUUCAUUCGCCAAACAAGCGGCAGAUGAUGCAUUGUGGAUAUCCCCCUCUGGAAGAGGCUGAAGAAGCAGAUCGUCAGUAUGCCAAGCAGGUACAGGAUAAAGAACGGGAAGAGUACCUGAGACACUUGGAGGAAGUCCAGAGGAGACAUGACCAGAUGGAACGCAUGGAGCAGCAGAAGAGAUUGCAGGAGGAGCGAGACAGAAAGAUGGCCAGAGAGAUGGCCAUGAGGGAGGCCAUGUCCAGGGGGUACAACAACUACACCUAGUGCUGGAGCUUAUAUGCCGGGUUUAAGAGGGCCAGGGGUACAGCAGUUACCUCUAUUGGUGAGUUUAGAUGGUGAGGGGGUACAGCAAUUCCCCCUUGUGGUGGGUUUAGAUGGCCAAGGGGUACAAUAUUUACCUCUGGUGGUAGGUUUAGAUGGCCAGGGGGUACGAUAAUUACACCUCUGUUGGUGGGUUUAAAUGUACGGACGAGAGGGUUCGGCAAUUAAGAAGUAAUGCUCUCCCCGAGUAAGUGUGACUUGUAUGCUUAAAAUCAAAGUUGCUUCUAUAUGAGAAGUCUAAUACCACUGCUGGAAAGCUGUUACGUAUAUUUGUCAUUACUAUUAUAUUGUGUAAUGCUGAUUUACUAGUCGAUUGCACUGUUCACUAUUUGUUUACAUGCAUAUAAGCGUCUGAUAAUGAUAUGUAUUCUUAAAGAGGAUUAUGUAGUUGAGCAUGAUAUUUCCUAUUUCCUCAUUGAUCUUUAUUUGUAUUGUUUCGCACUUGUAUAAUCAUAUCAUUGGCAAUACAUGUAUAUACCAUUGAUACAAACAAUAUAUUCUAACUGCAAAAAUACCAUUUUAAAUUGUUUUGUGUGUAAUGUCUGCUGUAUUAAAAUUGCAAAUUCUUUUCUUUAUUUGCUGGAAAACAGUUGUAUUUGAAAGAUUUAUGGAAUGGUAGAAAGGAUGGGCUUUAAUCUGAAAAGUAAAGUUUAUUUCCUAUGAAUCUUGAGAACAGGAUAUGUACACUCAUAAAAGAUACAAAGAGGUAUUGCAUUGUAGUUCCAACAGAGUUUAUUUCCAAGUCCAAAUUUUCGACGUAAACCUUACGUCUUCGUCAGGGAUACAAAGCUCAUAUAUUUCUCUACAUCUGUGUUUAAGCGGAUUUUUUGUCUUCUUUCAAUGUUCGUAAUGCGCCUUAACGCCCUCUACCUAUGACUUUACGUCUGUAUGUGUAUUAUGACGGAAUAAACUCAUUCAUAGGCUUCGCCCUUACGUAGGAUGUAGGCAUAUAUAUAUGCAAGUUGUGGUUGUGGUUGAAUACUAAUUGAAUUCAUUCCUUGAAAAUAAUUCAAAGUCCUUCUAGCCCUACCCAAAAAAAACCUUUUCUAUUGUCCUUGAUUGUUAAUCCACAAUACCAUCUUGACCAAAAUCUUUGAGGCGAAGGAGGAGAGAUGGCAGUAUGAUGCCAUGAUUUUGUCAUUUUGUAAAUGGCACUGGUCAACUUCUGCAGUCAUAUUCAUCUCUCACGUCCCAUAAUCAAUUUUAGCCUUCUGAAAAUGAAGCAGUAUUAAUGUUUAAUACUCUGAUAUUUUCUGUAAGCAGAAGUCAUAAGACAGUGAUGGACAAGGUCAUUAUUAUUCCUUUGAUGUAUUUCAAUCCCUACCGUCUGGCUUUCAUUUAUGGAAAUCAUUUGCAUUUGUUUUAGAAUCCAAAUGACAUACACUUAUUCCUGCACAAAAAUAUGUCAAGGUCAAAGGUCAAACCUUUGAAAAAAGAAAUGUUUAAAGCUGAUUUUGAAAUUUUGAAAAAGUUUUAUCUCCAUCCAUCUUGAAAAUUAGUGGCAAAUCUAAAUUGGAAGUAACCUGAGGCAAAUUUACUAUGUAAGAAUGCUUUCAGGUUUUCUCUCCAAUAUAUGUCUACCAUUAUUUCAUUUUCAGUGAGUUGGCAAUAACUAAUUUGUUGUAAUGAUACUAACAGCAUACAAUUUCAAGUCAACUGGCUUUUGAAGUUAUCAUCCUGAAGGGCCUAAAUCAAUCCAAUACUAUUACAGGCUAUAGUUAUUAUUAUUUUUUUUUUAAGUGCACACUAAGUUACCAAUAAUGCGUAUAGCAUUUCCAUUUAUUUGAAUGCAGUAUUAAAGAGCAUUGUCCAUUAAAUACCUUGCUGACGGGCAUAGGUGCCGGGGAUCGCACCCUGGACUCCAUGUACAGCCAGGCGCCUUAGACCACUGGGCCACGGCACCUCCACCGGAUGCCCAGUUAACUGGCCUUGAUAUACCUCCCCAUGUGUGUUGUAAGAUAGAAAUGCGCUUAGUUGAAAAGUAGUCUUGUCCUUUAAAAAAAAAUGUCCAAAUUUGAGACCUGAGCCUACUCAUUGCUUUAGCUGUGUUUUACUGUAAAUUGGAUUUCAAGAAAUUAUCAAGUACCCAUAUCACCUUUAGUGGAUAAAGGUUAAUGUACAUGUAUGUGCAAUGAAUGCCUUUUUAAAGGAUUUAAGUGAUUCAAUGGGAUUUGAACCCCCCCCCCCCCCCCUCCUCACAUUGUUAUUGAUAUGAAUGGUAAGAGUAGUCUUCCUACAAACAAGAUGAGAUGGUCCAAAAAUGGGUGUCAAAGUAAAUGGGAAUCACUCUGUUGACUUAACAUAGAGGUGAAAGCAGCUACUGAAGCGAUUGUAAGGAGCAGCUGGUAUUUAUCGGCAGCUGUUUUGAAUGUUAUCAAUCAAAGAGCAUGAAAAAGCCUUGUUAAUUUACUUUUUGUGUUUUAUAUAGCUUCAAUUCUACCAUUUACAUUGUAUAAUGGAUUUUGUAUCUACCAUUUUACUGCUGUAAAUAAGUUCAUAACUUGAAUACCUUAUUCUGUGUUUAACCAGCAGUGUUAUAUAUUUACCAAAUUGUUUUAGCAGUUACACUCCUAUUAUCUUUAUCAGUGAUAUUAUUCUCAAAAUUAGUGUUUGAUGUCAUCCAGGGCUUUUCAUUGCACAUUGAUUUACUUCAAAUUGUGCACAGCAAUUUGAGAAUUUUUUUUUUUAGAUGAUGCUUGUAGUCUAAAAGAAAAUGCAUUAGAUGAUUGCUUAUCAUAAUGUAUAAUAUAAUAAUGUGAUCAUACUUAUACUGUAUCAACUUAAAAAUUGAAUUAUGAAUAUGCAUGUAUUAUAUAUGUAAAGUAUAUUCAUUUCAUGUACAUGUUUGCCUACUUUAAUCCUUGCGAGAUAGUAUUUUUACCAUGUGGGGGUACUCUAGGAGUGGAAUACCAACUCUUAUUCAUACAUUGAAAUAGGACAUGAUAAACUUAACAAGGAAUUGACGCAUUAAUUAGGGCCUCUAUUGAAAGGAUACUCUUUCGAGGUGAAUUUUUAGAUUACGCACACCUUUUAGCAAUCCUUAUUUUAUACACUUGAUUCUUAUUUUCGGGAAAAGAAAGUUGUUUUUCUGGAUGACAUAUUGUGGUAUAUGCGGUAUGUAACUAAGAGAAAAUUCUGGAAUAUGUCAAUAUUUGGGUAACGAGACAUCUGCCCCUGCGACAAUUACUCCUGCGCUUACAUGUAUAUCUCUGAAGAUAUGAUAUGAAGGUUUGGGUCGCGACUUGCAAUAUAUUUUUUUUUUAGAAUCAUGUAAGGAUUAUGAUUGAAGGUUAAAGAUAUCAUUGGCUUAAUGUGUGAGUUUUGAUAGGAGCAAUAUUUGUAACAGGAGCAAAUGUAAUGGACUAGAUGUUUGACAUUUCUAAUUCAUUUUAGUCAAAUUAUGCAAUACUCUUUUUAAGGUACAAGUGUAAUUUCCUAAUUUCUCAUUUAAUGAAUUCACCUUUAUUAUAUAUGUGUUAUCCCCUCUUUCUGUCAUUUAUCCAUCCUUGUCAUUCAGUUUGGUUUGUUUUAGGUCAUAUAAAGCAUAGUUCAGUUAUAAGGGAAUACUUUAACUUAAAAGAAUACUGUCUUUAUAUUAAAGGCUUGUUUUAUCCUUUCAUCUCUGAAGAUCACAUUUAUUUGUCCCAUGUUAACCCGCAAAAAAAAUCACAAGUGGGAUCACUGGAGCAAAAAUUGGGCAGAGUUUCAUAUGAUUGUUUAAUGAUUAAUGGCACUUACUGAUGCAUCUUUUUCCCUCUGGCCAGGGAAAAAGCAAUCAGUGUUUAACCUAUUUGGAAAUUUAGUAGUAAAUUGUAAAAUUUUAACAUUUGAUUUGUCUGUGAGAGUCGUUAGUGAAAUUUUGUACAUGAAAAUUCUAGUAAAUGAUGUCCAAUACUCCUCCAUCACGCCACUCCAUUCUACCUUUCUGUUAAAGCAUCUUUAAAGGCACCGAUUUAUUUCUGCCUUAUUGUGUUUUUGAAAGAAGCAUUAUUUUAGAGUCGAACAAGUUCAUAGUGUUAACAUCAGUUUUCAGAAGUCUAUACUCUGUCAUAUGUUAUGAGAGAAUUUGUAGGGUUUCCAAGUUGAGUGAGAUGCUGUUUCAGUUUUCAAGCAAAAGUAUCUCCUGUUUAAACUGGCAUUUAAAGACAGUUUUAGAGAGGACUUUCAGAGUGAGAAGUCUUCUUUUUUUUUAUUAAGAGAGCCAUGUUGGGUCGUUAUGUUUUGAUAAAAACACAUGUGUACACUUUAAAAGUCAGAUGUGAAAACUAUGACCAUUCAAAUUGUUUGUGGGUGACUUUGAUAUAUUUGUAACUUUUCAUUGUGUCUGUAGGAUACAUAGAAGGGAUAUAUAUACGCAUUUGUUAUGCUGUGAUUUAGUGGUAGGUUUUACUGCACUAGAUAAUUGAAAUGCAUUGCUAGUUAUUGUACACUUAAAUGUAUUAAGCUUGUAGUGUAAGUUUGUAUGUAUAGGUAACAUAUUAUCAUUGUCUGUUGGUGGCUACAUGUAUACUGCUUCAAACUUAUGUUCUACAUCCGUGGACUUGUAAGAUGCCCUUUGUUUAUUGCAUGUAUCAUCAUUUCAUUUAGUGUGUGUUGUACAAAUAGAGUGAUUGAGUCAUUUGAUUCUAUAAUUGACAUUUUUUAUGUCAACUGAUUUGUUUUCUUAGCUGUCUGAAAUGUAGUUUAUGAAUAAUAAUCGUCUCCCAUACAUUUAGCCCAAUUAUCAAACAUCGUUUGAUUAGUAUAUUUUUAGUAUGAUAUGAUAAUCAUAGAGAUAAAAUUUUAUUUUCAUCUUGAAUCAUCGAGAUUAUUAUUUUUUGUUUAUUGAUAAAGAAAAUGAAGUGAGAUUUUAUGAAGAAGAUAUUUCCCUGUGAUAUAUAAUCUAGUCAUUAACAAUAUAUUUCCAUUCAAAGUUUUGACCUUGAGACAGAUAUAUUCCAAAUGUAUCAUGUUUGCAGUGUUCCGUGAAGGUUUUUGUCGGUGAUUUAGACAGUCGGAUGUUAUAAGCUACUGAAAAUCCUUGCAUCUGAUUGGUCGAGUGCAAAUUAGUCAGUGACAAUCACUGACCAAAAUCUUCAUGUAAUUCAUAUUUAUUUCUAAGACUUGAAAAUAGAAACCUUGAUAUUAUUUUUUUUCUAAUUAACGAGUAAUAUGGAGUUGAAAUGCUCUGUGAGCUUGACUCCCUUUAGAUUAUAUAAUUACACCAAUAAUACAUCACAAAUGUGUGGCUUAUCAUGGUUGAACCAGAAUAGCACUCCAUGGUUUCUUUUACACAAAGCCUAAAGUUGAUCUUAAAUGCUGAAUUCUACUAUUGAUUGAUUUGUGUGAUCAAUCUUACAAAUCAACUGAUUAAUCUCUAAGCUUUGUUUUACCAGCCCCCAUAACCUACUGGGUGAGAUCUUGCAUUGCAAGAUAGACAUUUGUGCCCAUUUAGCAUAUUAUUAUAAAUUGUAGAUUUCAUUGAAUGUUAUUACCUUAUACUAAGGAUUAACAUUAUAAUGGUACUUUUUUUAAUGCUAUUUACAUUUAGAAUUUUUGAUAAGUUUGGUCAUCUAGCCUCCAUAUCCCUGCAUUCAUAUUUUUGUUGUUUGCUAUUACUGUAAAUGUCCAACAUCAAUAGGUUACACUACAUGUAUCCUUCUUGUGUUAAAUUAGAACUGUCAAGAGUGUGUUGUCAAAAAUAAAAAUUCAAUUUAGUUUAA